UAUUCCUCUCCUCUCACAGUUUGACAAGACUCAAUGAUUCCUCAUGACCUGCUACCAGAUAAAGCUUGGACAAUCUUUAGAUAGACACAAAAAGCUGGAGUAACUCAGCGGGACAGGCAGCAUCUCCGGAGAGAAGGAAUGGGUGACGUUUCGGGUCAACACCCUUCUUCAGUGAUCUACAGUGUUGGAAAAAACAGCAAAUAAACAUAUACUAAACAAACACACAAUAAGCAGGACAGCUUCGGUUUAAACCAGCGUCCGCAGUCCCAUCCUACACAUUGGGACAAUCUUUGUGAAGAUGAACAUAAAUUGCCAUUAUAAUCACAACCCAGCCUGGCCCCAUUAAUGCCAAUGUAUUUUGGGUAAAACAUGUUCUUGCCAUUGGCCACAGUGCCUGCAAUUAACCUUGUUCCGCAAAGACUCUAAUUGUGCCACUGGAGAAUUCCCUCCUGUUAAAAAGGUGAUGCUGGCUGCUUGUAAAUCCACAGGUUGAGAGAGAGCAGAGUCUCCAGCACUGACAAGGAUUAGCAGCACCACCAGAGGAACUCAGAAUGGUCGACUGGAUCCAGUUGCAGACCCAGAUAUUAUUUGCCCUCCAUGAUGUGGAGAAAGUCUACUACCCUAUCCUCAUAGUUGUGGGUGUUCCUGCCAACAUAAUGACGAUUAUAAUAUUUUCUCGGCGAAAGUGUGGCCUGUCCAAAAACGUCACUCGUUACCUGGUUGCCAUGGCAGCGGCGGAUCUCCUGGUGAUCAUCAUCGACCUGAUCCUGAGGCACAUCCCGAUUGUUUUCUGGGACCGAUUCCUGUUUGUGGAGUCGCUGCAUGUGUGCAACAUCCACGCCAGCUUCCUCUUUGCCGCCAGCGACUGUUCUGUCUGGUUCACCGUCUCCUUCACCUUCGACCGGUUUGUGAGCAUUUGCUGCCAGAAGCUGAAGACCAAGCACUGCACGGGCAAGAUGGCGGCCGCGGUCCUGGGAACGGUGACCGCGCUGAGCUGCCUGAAGAACAUCAGCUGGUAUUUCAUGCUCAGCGGGCAAUACUGGCUACUGAACAACCCUUGGUUUUGUAACAUAGAAUACGAUUCUCUAUUCUCACGGGCUUGGGGGGCUUUUGAAACAUUGCAUUACAUUCUUACCCCAGGGAUGGCAUUUGUUAUGAUUCUGCUGUUCAAUGGUUUAACGGUCAGGCACAUCUCAGUAGUCAGCAAGGCCAGGAGACGGCUCCGGGGUCACAAUAGUUUGGAGAACUCCAGAGACCCAGAGAUGGAUAACCGAAGGAAGUCUAUCAUUUUGCUGUUUCUCGUCUCUGGGAAUUUCAUACUGUUAUGGUCAAUCUUGGCUGUGCACUGCUUGUGGAACCAAAUGUGGUAUUUUGGUUUCAGUUCUGAAACUCCACCCAACUUUGUUCAGGAGAUCGGCUUCAUGCUUCAGCUGCUGAGCUGCUGCACAAACACCUUUAUCUACGCAUUGACCCAGACUAAAUUCAGAGAGCAUUUGCAGACUAUGCUGAGAUGCCCUCCUAACUGUUGUUGCAGAAUUCAUCGGGUUUAGAGAGACUGCAAUGGAAACAGGCCCUUUAGCUCACCGAGUCCAGGCCAAUCACAAAUCACUAGGUCUAUGUUAUCCCAUUUUUACAUCCACUCACCAUGCAUGAGGGGCAAUUGACCUACAAACCCGCACGUCUUUGGGAUGUGGGAGGAAAUCGGAGGAAACUCACGUGGUCGUCGGGAGAAUCUGCAAACUCCACACAGACAGUACCCGACGUCAGGGUGGAACCAGGGACUCUGCCGAGAUGAGGAAACAGCUCAAUUAGCCGUGCCACUGUGCCAUAGCUGGUAGAUUCCAAUGGUGAAACUUCAUCUCAUCUCGUAUUCUAUCUGACCAUUACUUUCCUGAAGGUUUUGGCUUACACAGAGACACACACUGAGGGUUAGGGUGGGGAGGGGUUGAAUGGGCCAGCUUGUUGAUUAUGCAGAAUGUUCUUCCCCAAUGCAUAUAUUCAAACCAAGAAUUGUAUUUAAGAUGUGAUGUAUCAGGGAACUUUAUUUGUAAUAGGAGGUGCUGUAUUGAUUAUAAUGUAAUUUUGAUUGGGAACUAGAGAACUACUUAAAAUCAUGGAGUUAUAGAGUCAUGUAGCAUGAAGACAGGCCCUUCGGCCCAACGUACCCAUGCCAACCAACAUGCCCAUGUUGUCAAGAUCAGAUUACAGUUAUAGUCGCAGCACAGAAACAGGCCCUUCGGCCCAACUAGCCCAUGCUGACCAAUAUGCCCCAUCUAUGCUAGUCCCACCUGCCCAUGUUUGGCCAAUAUCCCUCUAAACAUUUCCUAUCCAUGUACCUGUCCAAAUGUCUUUUACCUGUUGUGAUAGUACCUGCCAUAUAUAACUCCUCUGGUAGCUCAUUCCAUAUACUCACCACUCUGUGUGAAAAUGUUGCCCCUCAGUUUCAUAUUAGAUCUUUCCCCUCUCUCCGUGAACCUAUGGUGUUUGAUUCCCCUACUCAGGGCAAAUAACUGACAUUGCAUUCACCCAAUCUAUUCAGCUGAAGGUUUUGUAAUAUAGAUACAGAGAGGGUUAGGAUGGGGAAGUGUUGAUUGGGCCACCUAUUUCAUUGCACAAAUAGUUCUGCCCUAACACAUGUUUCGUGUAUUUUGUGUUUUCUAUGACUGUUGGCAGAUCAAUUUCCAUCCUGGGAUAAAUACAGUUCUAUCGUCUCGUAUUCUGCAUGUUUCCAUAAAACAAAUUGGAUAUAACUUUUGUGAUGCUUUAGGGAAUGUUAUUUGUAUUAUGAAUGAAUUGUAAUUGUAUUAUUAUGAAUUGUUUAUUGUUUAAUGUCAUUGUGAUUGUGAACUUGAGAACCGCUUAAAAGUUACUUUGGAAAUUGACAAGCAGAAAAAAAAGCUGUCUGUGAUUUAAACAGCAAAGAGGACAAAAAAAAUGUUUCAUGUAACCUCCUCGCAGAAAUCAGACAUCAGUAUCACAUUAAAACGCAGUAUGUCAGUUUCACAACAGGGGAUCAUAGAAGUUGACAAGCAAUUGCUUCUAUUGAUAUUUGUGUAAUGAUACUCUGUAAAACAAUGUACCAUACUUCCUUUAGUAUUUUAGUUUGCAGUAUCGAAAAUAAACCUACUACUCUUGAUUUUGAAAUCCUGUGGAAAAAUAAUUUUGUUAUUGCGAGCCAGAAACUUUCUAGAUCCUACCCUUCUUUCCCCAAUGACGUAAUGGUCUUCAUAGCACACAAUGUUUGGCCAACUAUUAUGCUAAAGUUGUCCAUGAAACUCUAUGCACAAAACCUGCAGAAAGUGACUUGCUCCUCGCUGAAACUGCAACCUUACUGUGUGUGACCUUCCUCACUGUGAAACGCUGGCCUCAGAAAUAUCCCUGCAUCUGAGACCUUCAUCGCUUUAAAAUUCUUCUCCCAGUUUGAUACCAAUAAUCCCACUAGUGCAACGCUACCUUUAGUUUAGUUGGUUUAGAGAUACAGUGUGGAAACAGGCCCUUCGGCCCAUCGAGACUGUACUGACCGGCGAUUCCCGCACAUUAACAUUAUCCCACACACACAAUUUUUACAUUUACACCAAGCCAAAUUAACCCACAAACCUUUACGUCUUUGGAGUGUGGGAGGAAACUGAAGAUCUCGGAGAAAGCCCACGCAGGUAAAGGGAGAACGUUAAAAACUCCGUACAGACAGCACCCGUAGUUGGGAUCGGACCUGCGUCUCCGGUGCUGCAGGCGCUAUAAGGCAGCAACUCUACUGCUGUGCCACCGUGCUGCUGCCUUCCAAGGAAUUUCCACCCAGAUGUGAACUUCUCCCAGACUCGCAGAGAAGUCUUCUUCAUUUAAUGAAUGCACAUAUAUAUAGGGAGAGAGAAAGGAAAGGGAGAUGUAACAAUUGGUCAGUCACCAUGGAGACGCAAAGAACCGCAGAUGCUGAUUUACAAAAAUAGACACAAAGUGCUGCAGUAACUCAGCUGGUCAGGCAGCAUCUCUGAAGAACAUGGAUAGGUCACGUUUCAGGUUGGGGCCUUUCCCCGGACUGAAGAAGCAUGUCAACCUGAAAUGUCACCGACCCAUGUUCUCCAGAGAUGCUGCCUGUCCAGUUAUUUAACACAUGUCUCAUGGCAUCUCUCUAUCUAUCUAUCUUCUAUCUAUCUAUACUAUUACAAAAACUCUCAUCUUGACCCGGUCUGCGUUGUAAUUAAAUUUGCUCAAAAACAGUACCCUAUAUCACUAGGAUUUCUUCGCUACUUUUCUCACCGUUCUCGUCUACUCCAAGACACCAAGUUUUGUUCCGAUCGGUGAAAUAUGAGAAAAGUUACAAAGGUUUUAAAAUUCGUGAAGUUACCAGAUUGGUCUUCAUGCCUGUCAGUCACCAUGAAGGUAACGGCCCUUCAUGGUGACUGGGGUGGGGCUGAGUAAAUAAGCCGUGCAAAUUGAGUCCGCAAGAGUGGAGUCUGGAAAUCCGCAGUGUGGAGUCGAGAGGUGCUGUGUGGUGCUGUG